CUCAACACACAAAUAAAAAUGGUGGUUCAAUUUCUUUAAAAGGAUUUUUAAAUCGAAAUAAGAUGCUGAUAUCAAUAAAAACGCUUGAAAAGUGACAGACAUUUCAAACAAGUUUAAUGUUGUAAAUACAUUGUUGGUGAGAUUACGUGGUGCGCAAGUUAAACAAGAGUUGUGUAUGACAAAUAACAGGUUGUUGGAGACACCGAAAUCGCUAUAUGCCUGUAUGUUAAUCGGAAGUGUUGUUUUUUAAGGCCUUUGCAGAGUUGUUUUAAACCACAAAGUUGAGGUAUUGUUAACGUUUGUAAAUUAAUAAAAAUCAUAAACCUGCAUAUUUUAUAACAACUAUCGAGCUUGGGACAUGUAUUCGUUCAGCAUGUGACCCACAUCUAAGAUUUCUCUUCUCAGUUGUGUAUGGUGUUGAUCGUUAUAAGAACUGAUAGUAACAAAAAACAAGAAAGGAACCGAAGCUGAAGCAGCAUGUGAGGGUUUGUCAACAGACAUGACAUUUUGUAAUGCUGUCACGGAUGAAUACAACCCGCAGAUCUUGCAGGGGGUCAGAUUUAUUUUUCUCCGAUUUAUAUAAUUUUAAUGUGCAAUUACAUGUAAGUUUCAAUGUUAUAUACCAGUGGUUGGAAGUGGGAAUUGAACGAUCAGUGCGAGAUGCAUAAAUUUACGAAGUAUGCACGAUAAAGACGGAACUUUAAGAAAAAUGGCAUGUAGGUGCCAGUGCAACAAUUUUAACUCUCAGGAUUAGAACAAUGUUGCAUGAUGGCACAUGCUGAAAAUCACAGAUAUAUUGUGCAGGUGUUUGUGGGAGCUCUGUCAGCACAAUAUGAGGCACUAUCAGUAGAAGCCUCAAAGCAGACAAGCUCUGAGGAGAUAGUAUGCUGUAUCACAGAAAAACUUAAAUUAACAGAUGGAUCUGGUGGACCGUAUGAACUGGCUGAGGUGGUUGGUGAUACAAUCAGCGGGGAAUGCAAGGAAAGACGGCUCGGCCCCAAUGAGUCCCCGGUUGCUGUCAUGUUACUGUGGCCUAAUAACAAUACAGAUCAGUACUACAGGUUCUAUCUACGGGAGAAAAUUCCAGAUGAGCCAUGGAUGGAGAAGUUUUCUGUUGACCCGCAGCUGAUAAAGGACUACUUCCAGAGGUUUCUGUAUCAGCCCAAAGAUAGAGAGUACCCUGACUUGUGUCAAUUGCCAGAGCUGAAUGAACAGACGCUGCUCGAUAACCUGAGAGCAAGGUUUGCGGCUGGAUACAUUUACACAUAUGUGGGAUCAAUAUUAAUAGCGGUCAAUCCAUUUAAAUUGUAUCCAAUCUACAAUCCGAAGUAUGUGAAGCUCUACCAGAACAAGCGAAUAGGUUCCAGCCUACCUCCGCACAUAUUUGCAGUUGCAGACGCCGCGUACCAUACUAUGCUACGCGAGAGAACGAACCAGUGUAUAGUGAUUAGUGGUGAAAGUGGAUCGGGAAAAACUGAAAGUACAAAUUUUCUUCUCCAUCAUCUCACAGCGUUAAGUCAAAAAGGAUCACACGGUAGUGGUGUGGAGCAAACAAUUCUAAGUGCGGGUCCAGUGCUAGAGGCGUUUGGUAAUGCGAAAACGCCCCACAAUAAUAAUUCAAGUCGUUUUGGCAAAUUUAUUCAAGUUAACUAUAAGGAAAAUGGUAUGGUCCAUGGUGCAGUGGUGCAAAAAUAUUUACUGGAGAAAUCGAGAAUAUGCAGUCAGGGCCGCAAUGAGAGGAAUUAUCAUGUGUUUUACUAUUUGUUGGCGGGUGCAUCGGAGCAGGAGAGAGAACAGUUACACCUUCUUACUGUGGACAAAUAUAAUUAUUUAUCAAAGACUGGUUGUAGUGUAGUGCCGGGUGUAGAUGAACAAUAUGAGUUUUCAAGAUUAAAACAAUCCAUGGACAUGGUAGGUUUUACGUUGGACAAGCAGCGCAGGCUGUUUGCUGUGCUGUCAGCUGUGCUCCUUUUAGGUAAUGUUGAGUUCCAACCGCAACGUAAGUCGUACCACCACGACGAGGCAGUAGGUGUACGUAACCCCGAAGUGGUAUCCCUUAUCUCCUCCCUCCUGAGGGUCAAGCAGGAGACGUUGCUUGCCGCGCUCACCUCAAAGAGGGCGAGGGCGUCCGGAGAAACCCUCGUCAUUAACUACAGAUUGCCGGAAGCAAUAGCGACUCGGGACGCGAUGGCGAAGUGCCUGUAUGGUGCUUUGUUUGACUGGAUUGUGAUGCAAGUCAACCACGCUCUGCUCUCCAAAAAGGACACGCUGCGGGAACAUCAGGGACAUAGUAUAGGCGUUCUGGAUAUAUUUGGUUUCGAGGACUUCGGUCCCAACAACAGUUUCGAGCAGUUGUGCAUCAACUAUGCGAACGAGCACCUGCAGUACUACUUCAAUCAGCAUGUGUUCAAGUACGAGCAGGAGGAGUACCGACGUGAGGGUAUCCGCUGGACCGACAUCGGCUUCUCAGACAACACCGGCUGUCUGCAGCUCAUCGAGGGCAAGCCCAGCGGCCUGCUGUGUGUGCUCGAUGAUCAGUGCAAUUUCCCAUGGGCCACAAAUGAGACGUUGUUACAAAAGUUUAAUUCUGUGCACGAAGACAAUCCUUUCUACGAGAAACCUCAGAGGAGGGAGCCUGCUUUCGUAGUGCGACACUACGCCGGUAGAGUUAAAUAUCAGGUGACAGCAAUGCGAGAGAAAAAUCUAGAUCUAAUGCGACAAGACAUAGUUAGCGUGUUGAAGAAUUCCUCACUGGCUUUCGUUAGAGAACUGGUGGGUGUUGAUCCUGUUGCUGUGUUCCGAUGGGCGAUUGUGCGUGCGUUUUUCAGAGGUUACUUCGCAUUUUUAGAAGCAGGCAGAAGACAUCGAGUGCACAGAGUAGAUGGUGCCUCGAGAGUGCCACGUCCAUCCAUACAAUCUGUCAACGAUAACAUUAUUAGCCAACUGGUGACAGUAUCGUCAAUCAAUCUUGCAAUCAACCGCAUUGCAACGCCACACAGAGCGGGCAGUAAGGCGCGCGAGGUGUGCGUGCGCAACAGCGCCGGCAACAGCGAGGGUAGGCAGAGCGGCGCGCGCCCCGCCAAACAUUACAGGAUCGCCGAGACCCGCACGCGCCGCCUCGACCGCGACCUCGACGACGCCGACGUCAUGCAGCGCGCCAGCCAGAUCGUCCUGAAAAACAAGUCGUUCAGGCCCCGAGAGCGGGCUAAAAAGGGCCUGAAGAACUUACAAAGUGUGAAGACUUUGGCGGGACGUACAGCGGCACCUGCCGGGAAAAGAAAACAACCUAUGACCGUAGCGGCUCAGUUCCAACAUUCUCUAGCCUCUCUAAUGGAAACCUUGAAUCAGGCCAAUCCAUUCUUUAUAAGAUGUAUAAAAUCCAACGGUGACAAGAUAUCGAAUGUAUUCGACGAGGAUACCGUCCAGCGUCAGCUGCGGUACACGGGCAUGUUGGAGACAGUGCGCAUCCGCCAGGCGGGAUACAACGUGCGCCUCACCUAUGAGGAGUUCAUACAGCUCUACAGGAUCCUGCUGCCCAAGGGUCUGCUCAGCUCGCAGGCGGACGUGAGGCACUUCUUAGCCACAUUGAAUCUGGAUAGAGAUAAUUAUCAAGUCGGGGCUACGAAAAUUUUCAUGAGGGAAAGUGAGCAGAGAAAACUGGAAUACCGAUUGCACCAACAAAUAAUGGCGUCCAUCAUCACGAUCCAGCGCUGGCACCGCGCGGUACUCGAGCGGCGGCGCUUCCUGGCGCUGCGUCGUGCUGCUCUUGUUAUACAGGGAUAUUGCAGGCAAUGGUUGUCAUCGCGGCAGGAUGCGGCGACGCGGCUGCAGGCGUGGUACCGCGGCGUGCGCGUGCGGCGCUGGUACGUGGCGCUGCGGGCCGCAGUCCUCGCAUUCCAGGCGCAUGCGCGCGGGGCACUGCUGCGUCGUAACAUACCUCGCCUCAAGACCACCCGCCCCCCGCACUGCCCCCCGCACUGCAACCCGCAACCCCCCAAGACAACACAACACAACAACUCGCAUGAAGGUAGCGCUGCCGCUGAGUACUGCGCGCCCGAGUUCGACAAGAGCAUGCUCGUGCUCAAGAAUAUUAUGGACCUAGACGUAUUGUUCGAUGGUACUGCGAGUGGCAGAGCACUAAGGGCGACUUACUCUUUGCCCGUUGAUACUUGGGACAAUAAACACGAUUUGGAGAACAUAAUUGCUAAGAAUCAAAAGAAAAGGAUCUCAAAAACGCAGAACGUCAAUGAAAUACCACUCAAACAGUCUAGUACAAGUUCAAUAAAUGAAGAGGUAAACGAGUCUUCUCCAGAAGAGAGCUGGCACGUGAGCAAGUACCCGGGAGGCGCGGUGGCUGUGCCCAGCAAGAUCACCGCUGAUGACAUCGCGCACGAGCUGCUCUGGCUCAAGCUGGACCGCGACUACAUCAUUACUGAACGGAACAAGAAACGAGAGCGCGAGUUGGCGGAGUCGCUGGCCAGCAGCAGCGAGGAGUAUCUGCGGAAGGUCAGCGACUGGAACCAAGCCGACGGCGAAGAUGCCAGCCUCAAUAGCGUCAGUAAGGCGUCACCUCAAAUGUACCAGCGCAGUCUAUCGAGCCUGCUGAGCCUUCCGCCCGUGCGGCGCGCGCCCAGAGACCACGCCCCCGCGCAGCACCCCGCCCACACAACACACCGCCCCGCCCACGACACCAACUCUGAUGCUGCUUGUGUGUCAGCGCAGCGUGUAUCAGAGGCAGGGUCUGCGCCUGCGCCGCCCGCGCGCGCCAGCCGGCGGUCUCCUCGUGCAGCGCAGACAGACCGCGCAGACCUUGACCCUAGCGAUCGUACUGAUGCUGCACCACGCCCUCUGCCCCUUCCACUACCUGACAGAGACAUUAGUAGAACGGAUGCGAGCUUGGCGCGGCGACGUCGCAACUCUGACCCGGCGCCCGGCGCUCCAGAGCGGAGACCAGAGCUGGUACCUGAGCUGCGCCCCGCAGACCCGCGCUCCACUGACUACAUCGGACAGACCGGCAAUGGACUAUUCCGUAUCGCCGGACACAGGUUUCGUAAAGGUACACGUUUCGCGAAAGGCGAUAAAUGCGUGUACUGUCAUCAGGCGAUUGAUGCCUUCAUCACACAAGGUCAGCGCUGCAUCGACUGCAAACAACUCUACCACACCAAAUGUAUACAGAACAAAGGUGUCAUCACAAUGCCAUGCUCCAGUCCAGUAACGAUAUCUCCAAGAGGACGACACAAAUAUAGAAAGAGAAUUAUAAAAGACUCGGCUUAUAAUUCCCUGUCAGACCAAUCUAAAAGUUCCGUCAGUUCUAAUUUCAGUCUGACAGGAACUUCAGAGUUCAUGGACAGAACGGACAAGAUAAUAUCUGACGCGACUGAAUUGCAAGCGAUGCAGAAUUUUAUCACGAAGAAGAUAUAUCAAAUGGAGUCUUCAGAGAAUGAGAAACAGUCUGAGGUUGACAGAGUAUUCAAGCACGCACUGCGAGAGUUCAAAGACAACCUAGUAGCCACCUACAGCGUGGUGGAGACGCGGGGCUCAGCACUCAAGUACAAGGACCUGAUCGGUAACUUCCUGCAUGUGAUGGAGACGGUGUGUGCGCGUGAAGGCUCCACACUCUCCAUCACGAUGGGAGUCAACGCCUUCAGAGGAUUCAUGGACGAAUUUAUGAGCCAACACGAAACAGAUAAAACAAGGACUAAGAGGAAAAAGGAUAAAAAACGGAAAGUGGAUGAGCCGAUCCAGUACAAGGGGCACACGUUCAUCCUGUGCAUGAUCAACAUCCCCACAGAGUGCGAGAUCUGCAAGACGUUCUUCAUGUGGCCCAUCGAGCGCUCGCUCAUCUGCCAGAUGUGCAAACUCACCUCUCACAAGAAGUGCUAUAUGAAGGUGACGACACAGUGCAGGAAGGACUCAGUGACACCGGGUGCGGCCAUCGUAGGUGCGGUAGACGCGGGCGGUAGGGAGCAGCUUGGCGUACUCAGACGUGGGAAGGUAUUUGGUGUGCCGCUGGGUGAGCUGCCGACGGGUGAGGGCAACAUUCCCAUAGUGGUGGACAGGCUGAUCACUACCAUUGAGAUGACUGGUCUUUACACUGAAGGAUUAUACAGGAAAAGUGGACUUAGUUCUAAGGUACGCGAGCUGUGCUGGCUGCUGGACGAGCGGCCGCAGGAGGGCGUGGACAGGCUGGAGUCGUACGCGGUGCACGUGCGCGCCUCCGUACUCAAGAGCUUCUUCCGCGAGCUGCCGGAGCCGCUCCUCACCUUCGAUCUUUACGACGAUUUCAUACUCGCCGCAGAGAUUACAGACCCACAGGAACGAGUAUCAACUAUAUUUACGAUACUAAAGAAAUUGCCAAAACCAAAUUUUGACCUGGUGGAGAGAUUGAUAUUUCACCUGGCGAGGGUGGCAUUGGGUGAACAUCACAACAGGAUGGGUCCGAACGCGCUGGCUAUAGUAUUCGCGCCGUGCAUCCUGCGCACACACAAGGUGCAGCCGGCGCAGGACUCGCUGCACGACAUCGCGCGACAGACAGCAUGUCUAGAGGCCAUACUAGUUGACAAGAUGCGCACAGUUCGAGGAAUGCUGCAGGACAUUGCGACGCUGGACACGGCGAGUCACACGGCCUCGUACAGACUGCGCACGCUGAGAGACGCCGCUCAUCCGCGCGCAGAGCAGCAGCUGCUUGAGGGACACAUCAGCGAGAUAGAGAAGGAGAAGGCCAUACUUACCAAUAACCUGCCCACCCUCAUACGAGCGACAUCUGACGACGACUUGUUGUCGACGACGGACCACGAUGGCGAGUUCGGCAGCACCGACGACCUGAGCACCGGCUCAGCGUCUCUGCGCUCGCGGCUGCUGCACCGACAGCUGUCCUCUGACGACCCCAUCAUGGUGUAGCGACCUUAACAUUGAUGGUGUCUAUACACCUAGGUCUUCUCACGGGUCUUAGGACCCUUAUACAGUCGGUCAUUGGACCCUCACAGGACCGGACCUCUGUAAACGUUGAGUAUUUUGUGUUAUAGUAAUGGUGAAGUAGAUAAACGCUAGAUCAUAUAUAAAACUUUAUUAAUCUGUUGUCUGUUCAUUUUUGUGAAUAGGAAUAUUUUUUUGAGGAAAUCAUAUUGUUGUAAAGAUUGAAUCUGUUUUAGGACUUAAGUUUUAUCCGGGAUAAAAUUUAAUAAUAAUAAAUCUUAUGUAUGACAAAAUGAACAGACUGUAGGUUGCUUGUUUGCAUUGAAAUUUGAAAAUUGUAGUACAGUAAUAGCGGUAAACUAUUAUUACCUCGGCCAUUCUUGAUACAAAAUUGUAUUUAUUUUCUA